AUGGAGAGCCAGGCGCUGGUGAUCCGGAUCAAGAUCCCAGACGGAGGGGCCGUCGACUGGACCGUUCAUUCGGCGUCUCAGCUGCUCUUUAGGGACGUGCUGGAUGUCAUCGGUCAAGUUUUGCCAGAUGCAACAACAACAGCAUUUGAGUAUGAAGAUGAGGAUGGUGAUCGGAUUACUGUUAGAAGUGAUGAAGAAAUGAAAGCCAUGCUAUCCUAUUAUUACUCCACUGUAAUGGAACAGCAAGUAAAUGGACAGUUAAUAGAGCCUCUACAGAUAUAUCCAAGAGCCUGCAAGCCUCCUGGGAAACGGAACAUACAUGGCCUGAAGGUAAAUACGCGAGCAGGGUCUGCUAAUAAUAGCAGUUCGGCAGUCUCGGAUUCCCUUCCAAGCAAUAGCUUAAAAAAGUCCUCUGCAGAGCUGAAGAAAAUACUUGCAAAUGGCCAGAUGAAUGAACAAGACAUACGGUAUCGAGACAUCCUCGGUCAUGGCAAUGGAGGCACAGUCUACAAGGCAUAUCAUGUCCCUAGUGGAAAAAUACUAGCAGUAAAGGUCAUACCCUUAGAUAUAACACUGGAACUCCAGAAACAGAUAAUGUCGGAGUUAGAAAUUCUUUAUAAGUGUGACUCAUCAUAUAUCAUAGGAUUUUAUGGUGCUUUUUUUGUAGAAAACAGAAUUUCAUUGUGUACAGAGUUCAUGGAUGGGGGUUCUUUGGAUGUUUAUAGAAAAAUUCCAGAACAUGUACUUGGAAGAAUAGCAGUAGCUGUUGUGAAAGGCCUUACCUAUUUAUGGAGUCUAAAGAUUUUACACAGAGAUGUGAAGCCGUCUAAUAUGUUGGUGAACACACGAGGCCAGGUGAAGCUGUGUGACUUUGGGGUUAGCACUCAGCUGGUGAAUUCUAUAGCCAAGACGUAUGUUGGAACAAAUGCUUAUAUGGCGCCUGAGCGGAUUUCAGGAGAACAGUACGGAAUUCAUUCGGACGUUUGGAGUCUAGGGAUUUCCUUCAUGGAGCUUGCUCUUGGGAGGUUUCCAUAUCCUCAGAUUCAGAAAAACCAGGGAUCUUUAAUGCCUCUCCAGUUAUUGCAGUGCAUUGUUGAUGAGGAAUCGCCCGUCCUUCCAGCCGGGGAGUUCUCUGAGCCAUUUGUACACUUCAUCACUCAAUGCAUGAAAAAGCAGCCAAAGGAAAGGCCAGCACCUGAAGAUUUAAUGGGCCACCCAUUCAUCGUGCAGUACAACGAUGGGAACGCAGAAGUCGUGUCCAUGUGGGUGUGCAGGAUGCUGGAGGAACGGCGAUCAACCCAAGGACCGCAGUGAUCUGGGCCGGCUCGCAGCACCACGCCAGGCAGCAGCUCACCCUGGACUAGCAGCACCAGCCCUGCGCUUCGGACUCUCAGUCUCUCUGGAUCAUAUUUUGCUAAAAAUAUUUUUUAGAAGCACCAACAAAAUCUUUCAGGAUAUUUGUUGCUGUCUUUCCCUCACCACCACAUUAAGGAUUUUUCUUCCCACAUUUCUUUUGUUGCUGAGCAAUUUAAUGUCCUCAGAUUAUCUUCAGUUAAACUGUACACAGCCUUAAAGCAAGUAUUUUAUAUCUAUAUUUUUUGUUAUUGAAUGUAUUGUAUAUUUCCUGGCUCCAGAGUAUUUUUUAACUGUUAGUCUUUUGCUAUUGUACAAAUGACCCACUGAGUGUUCAGAGGAUCUCGUAAGGAGUUGUUGGCUGUCUGUGACUGCAGACAUCCACAAAAUGCUGGUUUUAAAUGUAAACUGAAAGCAAGCAAGCAAGCAAAAAAUUACCUAGACUUGCUCAUCCUGUGAGGAGGUGAGGGCUUGCCCCUCCAGAGUUAAAAGCAGGGCAGGUAGGUGGGCAUCGCACUACCAAAUCACCGGCGGUGCCUCUCUCUGCUCCGGGUGCUGUGGCUUGGGUUUGCCAAGCAGGAACGACAUGAUCCAUAAAUGCAGGAAGGUUUUGCUGAGGUGGAAGGAGGUGAGGUGAAAGAAGACAGUGCUCUGCUAAAGCAAGGGGUGCUGCUGGGUGAGCACCAGCCACAGCUUGGUGGCCCCAGAGCCACGCGAGAUGGACUACUGGCCUCUGGCCACAAAGGGAGAGCAGCCCCGAGCGCGGGGCUUUGCAGACAGCAGCGGCACAGAGGGUGUGAAGCUCUGCCUGUGCCCACAAGGGAGCUGAGGGCCAUGACAGUCUGGGGGGUGGCAUGAGAGACUGCGCAGAGGGGCCCAAGCCGUGCUGUGCCACUUGCCCUCAUGGCCAGAGACAGACUGCAGGGUUUUAGUUAUUACCAUGGCUCACUUGGAAGCGUCUUACCUUUCUCAGCUCUACCUUGAUCACUUAAACCGUUGGAGUCACUGCAUGGUAGGUGCCACUGGGUCAAGCAAAGGCUCCCAGGUUUGCUGUUACCAUAAAGGAAAGAAGAGCAAUUGCAGCAUCUCUGGUGUGUGUUUCUUACUCCUGCAAUUCCUGUGUAUGUUUCCACAAGAGACUGACACAGAUUUAAUCAGUCCUUGUGUUAAGACACUUAUUAAAAAAAAAAAAAA